AUGAUGUACCGCCCCCAACUGCUUCCCCGGAGAAACCCAGCCUCACCCCACUGCUUCCCCGGAGAAACCCAGCCUCACCCCACUGCUUCCCCAGAGAAACCCAGCCUCACCCCACUGCUUCCCCAGAGAAACCUGCCCUCUCCACUACUUCCCCAGAGAAACCCAGCCUCACCCCACUGCUUCCCCAGAGAAACCCAGCCUAACCCUACUGCUUCCCAGAGAAACCUGCCCUCUCCACUACUUCCCCAGAGAAACCCAGCCUCACCCCACUGCUUUCCCAGAGAAACCUGCCCUCUCCACUACUUCCCCAGAGAAACCCAGCCUCACCCCUCUGCUUCCCCAGAGAAACCCGCCCUGCCCCACUACUUCCCCAGAGAAACCUGCCCUCUCCAUUACUUCCCCAGAGAAACCCAGUCUCACCCCACUGCUUCCCCAGAGAAACCUAGAAACCCAGCCUCACCCCUCUGCUUCCUCUCGGAGAAACCUGCCCUCUCCACUACUUCCCCAGAGAAACCCAGCCUCACCCCACUGCUUCCCCAGAGAAACCUGCCCUCUCCACUACUUCCCCAGAGAAACCCAGACUCACCCCACUGCUUCCCCAGAGAAACCCAGCCUUACCCUACUGCUUCCCCGGAGAAACCCAGCCUCACCCCACUGCUUCCUCAGAGAAACCUGCCCUCUCCACUACUUCCCCAGAGAAACCCAGCCUCACCCCACUGCUUCCUCAGAGAAACCCGCCCUGCCCCACUACUUCCCCAGAGAAACCUGCCCUCUCCAUUACUUCCACAGAGAAACCUGCCCUCUCCACUGCUUCCCCGGAGAAACCCAGCCUCACCCCACUGCUUCCCUGGAGAAACCCAGCCUCACCCCACUGCUUCCUCAGAGAAACCCGCCCUGCCCCACUACUUCCCCAGAGAAACCUGCCCUCUCCAUUACUUCCACAGAGAAACCUGCCCUCUCCACUGCUUCCCCGGAGAAACCCAGCCUCUCCCCACUGCUUCCCCAGAGAAACCCAGCCUCUCCACUACUUCCCCGGAGAAACCCAGCCUCACCCCACUGCUUCCCCAGAGAAACCCAGCCUCACCCCACUGCUUCCCCAGAGAAACCCAGCCUCACCCCACUGCUUCCCCAGAGAAACCUGCCCUCUCCACUGCUUCCCCGGAGAAACCCAGCCUCACCCCAAUGCUUCCCCAGAGAAACCUGCCCUCUCCACUACUUCCCCGGAGAAACCCAGCCUCACCCCACUGCUUCCCUGGAGAAACCCAGCCUCACCCCACUGCUUCCCCGGAGAAACCCAGCCUCACCCCACUGUUUCCCCAGAGAAAACCAGCCUCACCCCACUGCUUCCCCAGAGAAACCUGCCCUCUCCACUGCUUCCCCGGGGAAACCCAGCCUCACACCACUGCUUCCCCGGAGAAACCCAGCCUCACCCCACUGCUUCCCCGGAGAAACCUGCCCUCUCCCAACUGCUUCCCUAGAGAAACCCCCCUCCCAACUGCUUCCCCAGAGAAACCCAGCCUCUCCCCACUGCUUCCCCAGAGAAACUUGCCCUCUCCACUACUUCCCCGGAGAAACCCAGCCUCACCCCACUGCUUCCCCAGAGAAACCCAGCCUCACCCCACUGCUUCCCCAGAGAAACCCAGCCUCACCCCACUGCUUCCCCAGAGAAACCUGCCCUCUCCACUGCUUCCCCGGAGAAACCCAGCCUCACCCCACUGCUUCCCCAGAGAAACCCAGCCUCACCCCACUGCUUCCCCGAAGAAACCCAGCCUCAACCCACUGCUUCCCCAGAGAAACCUGCCCUCUCCCAACUGCUUCCCUAGAGAAACUCACCCUCCCAACUGCUUCCCCAGAGAAACUCACCCUCCCAACUGCUUCCCCAGAGAAACCCAGCCUCACCCCACUGCUUCCCCAGAGAAACCUGCCCUCUCCACUACUUCCCCAGAGAAACCCAGCCUCACCCCACUGCUUCCCCAGAGAAACCCAGCCUUACCCUACUGCUUCCCCGGAGAAACCCAGCCUCACCCCACUGCUUUCCCAGAGAAACCUGCCCUCUCCACUACUUCCCCAGAGAAACCCAGCCUCACCCGACUGCUUCCCCAGAGAAACCUGCCCUCUCCACUACUUCCCCAGAGAAACCCAGCCUCACCCCUCUGCUUCCCCAGAGAAACCCGCCCUGCCCCACUACUUCCCCAGAGAAACCUGCCCUCUCCACUACUUCCCCAGAGAAACCCAGCCUCACCCCACUGCUUCCCCAGAGAAACCCAGCCUUACCCUACUGCUUCCCCGGAGAAACCCAGUCUCACCCCACUGCUUUCCCAGAGAAACCUGCCCUCUCCACUACUUCCCCAGAGAAACCCAGCCUCACCCCACUGCUUCCCCAGAGAAACCUGCCCUCUCCACUACUUCCCCAGAGAAACCCAGCCUCACCCCUCUGCUUCCCCAGAGAAACCCGCCCUGCCCCACUACUUCCCCAGAGAAACCUGCCCUCUCCAUUACUUCCCCAGAGAAACCCAGUCUCACCCCACUGCUUCCCCAGAGAAACCUAGAAACCCAGCCUCACCCCACUGCUUCCCCAGAGAAACCCAGCCUCACCCCUCUGCUUCCUCUCGGAGAAACCUGCCCUCUCCACUACUUCCCCAGAGAAACCCAGCCUCACCCCACUGCUUCCCCAGAGAAACCUGCCCUCUCCACUACUUCCCCAGAGAAAUCCAGACUCACCCCACUGCUUCCCCAGAGAAACCCAGCCUUACCCUACUGCUUCCCCGGAGAAACCCAGCCUCACCCCACUGCUUCCUCAGAGAAACCUGCCCUCUCCACUACUUCCCCAGAGAAACCCAGCCUCACCCCACUGCUUCCUCAGAGAAACCCGCCCUGCCCCACUACUUCCCCAGAGAAACCUGCCCUCUCCAUUACUUCCACAGAGAAACCUGCCCUCUCCACUGCUUCCCCGGAGAAACCCAGCCUCACCCCACUGCUUCCCUGGAGAAACCCAGCCUCACCCCACUGCUUCCUCAGAGAAACCCGCCCUGCCCCACUACUUCCCCAGAGAAACCUGCCCUCUCCAUUACUUCCACAGAGAAACCUGCCCUCUCCACUGCUUCCCCGGAGAAACCCAGCCUCUCCCCACUGCUUCCCCAGAGAAACUUGCCCUCUCCACUACUUCCCCGGAGAAACCCAGCCUCACCCCACUGCUUCCCCAGAGAAACCCAGCCUCACCCCACUGCUUCCCCAGAGAAACCCAGCCUCACCCCACUGCUUCCCCAGAGAAACCUGCCCUCUCACUGCUUCCCCGGAGAAACCCAGCCUCACCCCAAUGCUUCCCCAGAGAAACCUGCCCUCUCCACUACUUCCCCGGAGAAAUCCAGCCUCACCCCACUGCUUCCCUGGAGAAACCCAGCCUCACCCCACUGCUUCCCCGGAGAAACCCAGCCUCACCCCACUGUUUCCCCAGAGAAAACCAGCCUCACCCCACUGCUUCCCCAGAGAAACCUGCCCUCUCCACUGCUUCCCCGGGGAAACCCAGCCUCACACCACUGCUUCCCCGGAGAAACCCAGCCUCACCCCACUGCUUCCCGGAGAAACCUGCCCUCUCCCAACUGCUUCCCUAGAGAAACCCCCUCCCAACUGCUUCCCCAGAGAAACCCAGCCUCUCCCCACUGCUUCCCCAGAGAAACUUGCCCUCUCCACUACUUCCCCGGAGAAACCCAGCCUCACCCCACUGCUUCCCCAGAGAAACCCAGCCUCACCCCACUGCUUCCCCAGAGAAACCCAGCCUCACCCCACUGCUUCCCCAGAGAAACCUGCCCUCUCCACUGCUUCCCCGGAGAAACCCAGCCUCACCCCACUGCUUCCCCAGAGAAACCCAGCCUCACCCCACUGCUUCCCCCGAAGAAACCCAGCCUCAACCCACUGCUUCCCCAGAGAAACCUGCCCUCUCCCAACUGCUUCCCUAGAGAAACUCACCCUCCCAACUGCUUCCCCAGAGAAACUCACCCUCCCAACUGCUUCCCCAGAGAAACCCAGCCUCACCCCACUGCUUCCCCAGAGAAACCUGCCCUCUCCACUACUUCCCCAGAGAAACCCAGCCUCACCCCACUGCUUCCCCAGAGAAACCCAGCCUUACCCUACUGCUUCCCCGGAGAAACCCAGCCUCACCCCACUGCUUUCCCAGAGAAACCUGCCCUCUCCACUACUUCCCCAGAGAAACCCAGCCUCACCCGACUGCUUCCCCAGAGAAACCUGCCCUCACCACUACUUCCCCAGAGAAACCCAGCCUCACCUCUGCUUCCCCGGAGAAACCCGCCCUGCCCCACUCCUUCCCCAGAGAAACCUGCCCUCUCCAUUACUUCCCCAGAGAAACCCAAGAAACCCAGCCUCACCCCACUGCUUCCCCAGAGAAACCCAGCCUCACCCCUCUGCUUCCUCUCGGAGAAACCUGCCCUCUCCACUACUUCCCCAGAGAAACCCAGCCUCACCCCACUGCUUCCCCAGAGAAACCUGCCCUCUCCACUACUUCCCCAGAGAAACCCAGACUCACCCCACUGCUUCCCCAGAGAAACCCAGCCUUACCCUACUGCUUCCCCCGGAGAAACCCAGCCUCACCCCACUGCUUCCUCAGAGAAACCUGCCCUCUCCACUACUUCCCCAGAGAAACCCAGCCUCACCCCACUGCUUCCUCAGAGAAACCCGCCCUGCCCCACUACUUCCCCAGAGAAACCUGCCCUCUCCAUUACUUCCACAGAGAAACCUGCCCUCUCCACUGCUUCCCCGGAGAAACCCAGCCUCACCCCACUGCUUCCCUGGAGAAACCCAGCCUCACCCCACUGCUUCCUCAGAGAAACCCGCCCUGCCCCACUACUUCCCCAGAGAAACCUGCCCUCUCCAUUACUUCCACAGAGAAACCUGCCCUCUCCACUGCUUCCCCGGAGAAACCCAGCCUCUCCCCACUGCUUCCCCAGAGAAACUUGCCCUCUCCACUACUUCCCCGGAGAAACCCAGCCUCACCCCACUGCUUCCCCAGAGAAACCCAGCCUCACCCCACUGCUUCCCCAGAGAAACCCAGCCUCACCCCACUGCUUCCCCAGAGAAACCUGCCCUCUCCACUGCUUCCCCGGAGAAACCCAGCCUCACCCCAAUGCUUCCCCAGAGAAACCUGCCCUCUCCACUACUUCCCCGGAGAAACCCAGCCUCACCCCACUGCUUCCCUGGAGAAACCCAGCCUCACCCCACUGCUUCCCCGGAGAAACCCAGCCUCACCCCACUGUUUCCCCAGAGAAAACCAGCCUCACCCCACUGCUUCCCCAGAGAAACCUGCCCUCUCCACUGCUUCCCCGGGGAAACCCAGCCUCACACCACUGCUUCCCCGGAGAAACCCAGCCUCACCCCACUGCUUCCCCGGAGAAACCCAGCCUCACCCCACUGCUUCCCCAGAGAAACCUGCCCUCUCCCAACUGCUUCCCUAGAGAAACCCCCCUCCCAACUGCUUCCCCAGAGAAACCCAGCCUCUCCCCACUGCUUCCCCAGAGAAACUUGCCCUCUCCACUACUUCCCCGGAGAAACCCAGCCUCACCCCACUGCUUCCCCAGAGAAACCCAGCCUCACCCCACUGCUUCCCCAGAGAAACCCAGCCUCACCCCACUGCUUCCCCAGAGAAACCUGCCCUCUCCACUGCUUCCCCGGAGAAACCCAGCCUCACCCCAAUGCUUCCCCAGAGAAACCCAGCCUCACCCCACUGCUUCCCCGAAGAAACCCAGCCUCAACCCACUGCUUCCCCAGAGAAACCUGCCCUCUCCCAACUGCUUCCCUAGAGAAACUCACCCUCCCAACUGCUUCCCCAGAGAAACUCACCCUCCCAACUGCUUCCCCAGAGAAACCCAGCCUCACCCCACUGCUUCCCCAGAGAAACCCGCCCUGCCCCACUACUUCCCCAAAUGA